AACCUCCUUUCUCACUUUACGCCAUCCCAAGUCUCUCUAAAAGAAUAGCCAGAGAGAAGAGAAAGCAUGGGGUGUGUUGCCUCCAAACUUGAGGAAGAAGAAGUUGUUUCCAUUUGUAGAGAAAGAAAACGCCAGCUAAAACUUGCAGUUGAGAGAAGAUAUGCAUUAGCUGAAGCACAUUCUAAGUAUUCUGAAUCAUUAUAUGCAGUUUCAGCAGCCAUUAAGCUCUUUGUUGCUAGACACUCUUCACCUUCUUCACCAUUUCUCAUUACUUUUCCUCCUACUUGUCCUUCACCACCACCACUACCCAUUGACCAAAAUGUGAUAAACAACCCCAUGUUUCUUCAGCAAACAUCAUCUGAGUCAACAAACCAUGAAGCCGUUACUUGUGAGUCAUGUGAUUCCGACUCUUCAACAAGUUCUGAGUCUUGUGAUGAAGAGACUAAAGAAGAAGAAGUGAUGAGAGAAGACCAACAGCAGGCUUGUAAGUACUUUUACAUGCAAAUGCCACCAGCCAUGCCAUCACCACAGAGAGACUUUGGAUGGGAUUUCUUCAACCCUUUUGAUGGUAUGAGAGCAGAAGUCAUUAGUGGUUACCGCAUGAUGUCUGAUGAGGACGUGAAGGUUGUGAGAGAGAGGGAAGGAAUACCUGAGCUAGAAGAAGAAGAUGAUAAUAGAGAAGAAGAGGAAACAGUUAUGAAAGCUGAAGAAAAUAAUGUUCGCAAGGAGGUUGAAGAGAGUGGAGUUGGUGCUCUGAAAGUGGUUGAAGGAGCUAAUGUGAACAGCCAAGAAGAGCCAAAGGGGCUUACUGUUAUUGAUGGCCCAGAAAAUGGAAGGGAAUUGCUUGAGGCUUUGAAGGACAUUGAAGACCAUUUUCUGAGGGCAUAUGAUUCUGGAAAGGCAGUAUCCAAGAUGCUGGAGGUUAAUAGAGUUCACUGGCAAUCUAAUGUGGAGGAAAUCAAGGAGAACUCAACGAAACUCAUGCAAGCUAUUACAUGGAACCGUUCAACUUCAUCAAAGCAUUCGGCUUGUAAAAGCCUUGUAGCAUCCAGUUCCAAAACCUCUGCCUCAUGGACCGAGUUUAAGAAUGUUCUCUUUGAUGAAUAUGGUGGGAUGGAUUCUGGAAGCCAUUCAUCAACCUUAGAAAGGCUUUAUGCCUGGGAGAAGAAGCUCUUUGAGCAAGUUAAGGCUGGGGAUGACACACGGAAACUAUACGAGAGAAAAUGUUCACGGCUGAGAAACCAGGAUGUCAAUGGAGAUGAACUUACUAUGGACAAAACUAGAGCGGCUGUGAAAGAUUUAUAUGCACAGAUCUUAGUUGCAAUUAGAAGUGCUGAGACUAUCUCAAAGAGAAUUCAGAAACUAACCGAUGAGGAGCUGCUGCCUCAAAUCGUGGAACUGUUGAAAGGCCUGACACAAAACUGGAAAAUUAUGUUGGAAUCCCAUGAAACCCAGAAGAAGAUUCUUGUUGAAGUAAAAUCUUUUGCCAGCUGCACAUAUGGAAAAUUCUGCAAUGACUCUCAUCGACUUGCUACGCUUCAGCUUGAGGCAGAGCUUCUACAUUGGCGUUCAUGCUUUACAGAAUACAUUACAGCUCAGAAAGCAUAUGUAGAAGCUCUCCACAAUUGGUUAACCAAAUUCCUUGCUCCUGAAGUUGAAUUCUGUUCUAGGAGCAGGGGCAGGAACUCGUCAACCCCAUAUCGAGCUAAUGGCCCCCCCUUGCUUUUGAUUUUCCAUGAUUGGUUAGCUUCCAUGGAGAAACUACCAUAUAAGCCAGUAGCCUUUGCAUUGAAAAGCUUCUCUAAAGAUGUUAGGGCCUUGUGGUCUCAGCAAGGGGAAGAACAGGCUCAAAAGAGAAAAGUUGAUGGUCUAGCAAAAGAACUCGAUAAAAAAACACUGGCAUUUCAGAAGGCAGAAACCAGGUUCGUAGAAACGAAGCACACAGACAUGAAGUCAGAGGCUGAAGUAGACCAUCAGAAUGAGUACUUGGUAGAGAAGAAGGAACAGUUGGACAUAUUUAGGAGAAAAAUGGAGGUUGAGAAGGAAAAACACCACAACUGCAUGCAAGAAACACAAAGUGUUACAUUGAACGGAUUACAGACUGGGUUUUCUUCAGUUUUCGAGUCCUUAACAGAAUUCUCAAAGGCUUCUCUAAAGAUGUAUAACGAUCUCGUGACUUGCAGUGAGAAUGCUUCAAGAGUUGAGGACCCAUCAUACAUAGAGUGCUCAAAGGCUGAGCAGAUAACACAAGAUAACACAGCUGGUCACUGAGGAUUGAGGGGUUCACCGGGUAUAUGUAUAUUGUUAUCACGUCGAAGCAACUCGCUGAGACAAGUUUAUUUAUUUUUACAGUAGGAUUUCUUUAGCGUUGCUGAUUGUUUGUUCUAAUGGUUGCCCAAAUUUUGUUUUAGGAUUUGUAUAUUUCCAGUUUCUUCAAAUCUUUCUUGGCAUGGUGCCAAGAAGUGUGAAGGAAUUCUGAUGGGUAAACCCUCUGUAAGUAGUAGUUAAAAACAUUGGUGGAUGAA